CAAAUUAAAUAUCUAUUUUUCUCUGGAAAUUAAUAUUUUCAAAUGAUAACAAUACCACAUGAGUAAUAAAAAUUUAAAACAAAAUGUUAACUACAUUAUUUCGAAUUUCCCUCCCCAAACAUCUAAUAAAAAUAUAUCUGUAAAUUUCAAUGAAAUUGAUCGGUAGGCCUUAUCGAUACCUCAUUUUUCUGGAGAUUAUAGAUACAAAACAACAAGGCCCUUAUAAAAUAUUAACUCAAAACAUUGAAUAAUAGGUUGCGUACACGUUCAUUUAAAUUUAAUUGAUUAUCCAAUAAGAAGCGUCUUCUAAUUAAAUCUAUUUAUCCCCCUUAGAAAUAGGCUUAUAAAAGAGCGAUUUCUGGCUCAUUCGAACCUUAUUUUUAAAAAAAAAAUUUGGUAAUGAAAGCGUACCUGCAACAGACUGUUACGCGGUUAUGUUAUAUUUGAGUAAGAAUCUUUUUCAUACUUGUUGUUUUUAUCUAACUCUCUCAGUAAUAACGUAUUUAAAAAUUAAUAAUAUUUUCUUUUUAUUUAUUAUUAUUUUAUUUAAGUUUUAAAUAUUUAAUAAUCAUUAGAACAAUUAAUUUUUGUAUAAAUUUUAUUAUUGUGAGUUAAUCCUAUUUCAAAAAUCUACCUUAACACAUCGUCCGGUUGAAACUAUUGGCAAAACAAUAGUCUGUGCGUGUCACUAAGUAGAUCGUAGAGUGUAUUUUACAUUUAGAUAAAUACGUGUUCGAUUGAUUGCAUAAGACAAUGAUGGUGUAUUAAGAUCAUUACCCUUGCACAUCCAGCGGUUGAAACUAAUGGUAAAACAAUAGUUUGUGACGUGUCACGAGGGAUUGAUUCUUGUUUGCUAUCACGUUCUUUUCGGCAGCAGUUUUAGACUCUGUAAGGGCCGCGUAUCAACGAGUAUUAUCUCCGAUGGUAUUAGCCACUCUGUCUUUAACUAUGUCGACUCUCAUAUCGAAUACACAAUUUAUAUAUUUUAUUUAAAUACAUUACAAAUAUAAUAAAAAACAAAAAUAUUUAUAUGCCAAGUGUAGAAAGGAUUUAAUGUGAAAUAAUAUUUCAAGUUUAAUUUUUCUUUCAAAAGUAACUCAUUAAAUCAAAGUCAGUUCUUUUAUUUUUGAAAAUAUAUUUAUAAAAACGAUGAAGCUAGUUGGACACAAGCCAACAAUGUAUUUACAACUGAUUUCAAUACAAAAUGAUAAAAAAGAAGUAUUAAAGUGAACUCGUAUUCUUCCCGUAGUCAAUGCUGGAUGUUUAGGUGGCAUGGAAAUGAAAUACAUCCAUCUCGACAACUUUUUAAAUAUACAAGGUGUAUAGUAAGUAAGGAAACAGAUGGAACAAUGAAACAGAAAGAUAAUCAAGUUGUUUUAAAAAUAAAAACUGAACAAACGGAUAAUAAUUUUCAAUCUCAACAUGUUAAUUUAGGUCCUAAAACUUUUAUUUCUAAUAACGCAACAUUAAAAAAACCUAAAGGUUUACAUUAUGCAAUAAAAAAAAUGUGUACUGUGCCAUUUUGUAAUAGUAGAAGACGUGAAAAUGAAAAAACCAAUUUUUUUUUUAAAUUUCCCAAGGAUGAUAAUCUUUGUGCUGUUUGGAUAAAAAACUGUGGAGUGGAGUAUCUUAUUGAAAAAGUUAUUUCUCCUAAAUGUCCUAGAGUAUGUGAAAAACAUUUUGAAAGAAAAAUGUUUAUAUGUGAUAAUAGACUUUUGAGAACUGCAGUGCCAACAAUAUUUGACGAUGAAUUUUUAAAAUAUAAAGAACUGAAUGAUAGUCAAGUUGCUUUAGAAUUGCAAAGGAGAAGUGUAAAUAGUGAAUUUCAAUAUGAUAAUAUUAAUUCAUUUUCUGAGACUAAAAUAUCUAACGAUGUAAAAUUUAUACAACCAUGUAGCACACAAGAUGUUUUAUUAACUAUUACUGAGGACCAUUUAAAUGAAACAAAAGGCGAUAUUUUGAAUUAUUUAGUGUUCAAGGCAGAAAUAGACAAAACAAAAGAAUUCGGUGUUUUCAAUUUAACUCACCAAAAUAUGAGUGAAAACAUAAAUAAUUCAGGAUUACAGUCCAAAAUUAGUGACUUUUUAUAUGAACCAUGUACGAGUAGCUCUUUAUCUUCAAAUAUUAAUUUUUUCAAUCAAACGGUUUGUUCAACAAAUGAUAGUUCAAUGUAUCAAAAAUGUAUAAUUGAAAGACAACCCAAAGAAGAUGUAAAAAUAUUUAAAAAAUCACAUAAAAAAAAGCGUAGACGAUAUAUUUCACCACGUUACCUGAAAUUAAGUGAAAAAUAUUUACCAAAUGAUCUAUUUCAAAAAGUUAAAUCCCACAUAGAAAAACAAAGGAGUAUAUUUGGUAAUUUUUGAAAUGUUUGUAAUUAUGAAUUUUAAUUUAUUAUUGGAAUUUAUUUUAUUGUUAAGUAUAAAAAAAAAGUAAAUUUUUUGUAUUCUUAUGCAUAUAUUUUUAUAUAAAUUUUAUAAAUUAUAUAUUAUUAUAUCAAAAUUUUAUUAUAUGUUUUAGCUUUGUUAUAAUUUUUAUAAAAUAUUAACCUUACAAUGAUGUGAAUUUGUUUAUUUAUUUGUGG